ACUCUCUCUUCUCUAGUUAGUUAUUCCCUCCACAUAUACCUUGACACUGAAGCAUAGAUAAUCUAUCUAUCUACAUCAUGGCUUCUUUGAAUUUGGUCUUUUCUCCAGUGGCCACCGCCGGAAGAGUCUACGCCGCCACCGCAGCAAAGAGCUCCGGGGGAGAGGAGAAAGGGCUGUGGGACUGGAUCGUUGGUGGCUUAGCAAAGGAAGACCAGAUGCUGGAGACUGAUCCAAUCCUCAAGAAGGUCGAGGAGAAGAGUGGCACCGGCACCACCGGCCGAAAGAACUCCGUGGCGGUUCCUCCCAAGAAGUCCGGUGGCGGCUUCGGAGGCCUCUUUGCCAAGAAAUGAAAUGAUGAUCGCUCUUAAUUAUUGUUAGUUCAUUUUUCUAGCUCCUCUUAUAUAUAUGAUUGCUUUGAAUCUUAAUCUCAUAAUUCUCGAACACUGAGACUGUAUUAUUACCUUCUUUAAUUGCAAUUUACGACCUCUUCUCUCUA